AUGUCAGACCAGAACAGCACCGACAAUGGGGAGUCAGACCCCCAGCACAGCCUGUCUAUGGUCUUCCUCCUCGUCCUCGUCUUCUUCAUCAUGGGGCUGGUGGGUUUCCUGAUUUGCCAUGUCCUGAAGAAGAAGGGUUACCGGUGUCGGACUUUCCGGGACGAGCUCGACCCAGAUAACAAAGAUGUGCUGGCAGAGCUCCAGGCCAAUGAAGAAGAGGAGCUGAACGAGGACACUGUGGAGAAGAUUGUGAGAUGCAUCAUCCAAAAUGAAGCAAAUGCGGAGGCCCUCAAGGAGAUGCUGGGGGACAAUGAAGGGGACAUCCCAGUGCCAGUGCCCAGCCUUUGUCCUCACCGUAACAGCCAGGAUGGGGGCCCACCACAUCACCACACAGUGCAUCUGGGCUCCACGCAGGCCCCCUGCAUCCACUGCAGCAAGAGGAAGAGGCACCCACUGCAUCGGCAAGGACGGUCCAAGGAUGGCAAAGGCAGGAUGCAUCCUGGAGAGACCACCGUCUUCUCAGUGGGCAGGUUUCGUGUCACACACAUCGGAAAGAAACCCACUUUCCAUGAGCAGCAGGAUGGUCCCCUGCCCGACGGCAGCCGGGAGCCAAGCACGGAGGAGCUGGAGCACAGCAGCGACCGGCUCCAGCGGGAGCAGGCUCGCAAUGGGACUGUCCCCGCGGGUGGCCUGCAGAACGGAGCUGUCCAGAAGGGUGCCCCGAGCAGCAAGGGUGGGGAGCAGAGUCGCUCCAGCACCCCAGCCCCGAACACACCAGAUGCUGGCACUGCUCCCGGGAGCGCAAGCCACCAGAGGAAGCUCCUGAGCCAUCGGGUGCUGGGAGGGUCAAGUCCCAGCAUCCCGGGAGAGCUGGUGCAGGAAGGAGCCAGCAUCUGCUUGGAGGAGACCGGACUGGGGUCGGCAGAUGAAGUGUCGGAUAUUCAUGGGAGCCUGAGUCUGCAUGAACAGGCUGAUGAGUUGGGAAGAGAUGACAGCAGCAGAAAAUGGCCCGCAGCAGAGGACAUGGGGCAGCAGGAGCCCAGCAUCGUGGUGCAGGACCGAGGAGCAACUGUGUGA